CGUAGCGUUUGUGCAUCGCACUGCAGGCAUGCAUCAACUGCACAACUGCAGCAGCGACGAUGCAGAUGGUGGUGCUUUUAUGACUUCGAAUGAUAUAUUUUCAACGCACGAUAAUAAUUUGUCAUCGUUUUUACACCUCCGUACACUGAAGAGGAACAAAUACUGCACUGAAUCCAGAAUUAAUUUCCCGGCAGCCAUAGGAAGUCCUUGCGAGUUUAUGAUACGCGAGCAACAUUUCGUAUCAAUACGACGCAGCUCGGCGCUUUGCCGGUCAACUGGUGCCCGCUCUUCGUGGUCCUCCAGUUUUAUACUCUUCCAGGGCUGUGCUCAGCCUAGCUGGAGGGGGAGAAAAAGCAUGUGGGGGGAUUUUGGUAGGAGAACAGAAUGUCAUCCGUCUUCUGGGACAGCUGCCAUCCCGGCGAUUUACUACCACAAGGGUUGAACUAGAAGCGAUUUCCGCCUUUCUCGGAACGAUAAGACCGCUCUACUCGGACAUUUUCACCUUGUCGACAGACAUCUUAUAUCACGUUACGUUCUGUUAAGAUGUCUAAUUCUUUUAAAAAAUUAAUAUAUGUAUAAGUUGAACGGGAAUGGUCGACAUGAUUUUUUGGAAAAAGUACGUGAGCCUUCAUUUUUUUUUUUUUUUUCAGUCGAACAUUAUCACGCGAAACUUAUCU